AUGUCAGACUCACACUCAACCCCUCGACGGUCACCCGGGGACCAGCUGGAAGACUAUCAGACAGCUGAUCAAGACAGAGGACGAAACCCGGAACCAUCUGAGCGCAGAGACGUUGGUGGCGAGCCCGGCGGUAGACUCGUGGUUUCCAGUGCGCCGACGCACCUUCCGCAGCGCGCGAUCGCAGAGGCUCAGGUUAGGGCGCCGUAUGGAUUUCAUCAACAGCAGCAGCAACAGCCUUCCGCCUCUGCCGAAGCAUCGUACCAGGGCUAUGCUUUUCUACAACCACACUCCUAUCCACCCUAUCCCGGUGGGCAAGCCGAACUUGUCGGCGGACAGCUCCCUGGUGCUCAAUCUCAGCCGGCGGCAUUCGCGAGUACAACACCAUUUCAACCGAACAGGCAUGCGCGUAGGACCAAGGCCCACGACUCCUGCUAUGAUGUCCAGCAUAAGAAACGGGGGCGGCCAAGGCUGCGGGAUGAUCGGGAUGCCACGACGCAGGACGCAGAAAUCGCUAGGCAGCAGUCUGGAACACCAUAUUCGCCGACUUCAACAGAAGAGUCCUCCGAUCCCAACCGCCGUAGGAGGACCGACUCACUACGUACUUUGCGAGCAAGUGAGAGCGUUGCAGCAGGGGAAGCGACACGUGCUCAGCAGGAGAAUAGCCCUCUGAUCGCGACAGGACCUCCGGGUAUUGACAGCCUUAAUGCUCCGUUCCAUCCUCGGUCGGAAGGUGCUGCUGCUGCCGCCGUGCGCCCGGUCGUGUUCCUCAAUCUGGAUCUUAUCAUACUGAAGUCUAACCAGGCCUUCCGAGAAGUGCUUGCCAAUGGGAGGGAAGUCGUGGGACAGGACCUUAUGACGAUGUUAGAUAUUGGCCAUGCGAACGACAUACAGCGGUUGAGGCAACAUCUUCGAGAGGAGAAAGAAGACAAAGAUCCAACCUACAUGCCUCCUAUCAACUCAGGUGGCCAGAACGAGCAGGAAGCUCAGCAACAAGCAGUUCGGCAUGUCACAGACCUCAAUUUCGAAUCAUAUAGCCAGGAUUACGAUCUCCGACAUCAAUAUCUGAGGUUCAGACUUCCGGACGGGCAGUUGGUAGCGCUCGACGUUCUGUUCCGUCUCGCUAGGACGUCUCUCUUCUUCGUCACACUCGCGCUCCCACCCAUUGAACGCCGCAACUUGCCGGUGUUUGAGCCGCCUAUCCCGUCACGCCCCAGGCCAUUACCGCCAACUCCCACAGCGUCCGGCUCAGCGGCAGCUGGAGAACCGACUCGCUUCUUUUCUUCUCGACCAGCAUGGGCAGGAGCUGUAUCAUCGCCACCUCUUUUUUCUCGCGAUGCGCCUGCAGCUCCAGUGUUGCCAACAGCCCCUCCCGCGACGUCGUUCAUGACACCUGGCAAUCGAGGAUCCGAACAAGACUAUCCUCGGUCAUACCAAUCCUCACCAGUAGGUUUUACGCCUCCAACCCCGUAUGGUGGCGCACCGAGGCCGUCGUCAGUAGCUUCAGGGGGCCGAAGCCGCGCACUGUCGUUGCGAGACCCAUCCCGACCAGAUUCCCGCGGUCUUUACCAGUUUUCGCCAUCAGUGGAACCCUCGGCAGGUCCAGCUCAGCCAUCUAGUAUAGAUACAGGCGACCAAGGAAUUGAACGUGUGCGGCAACACAAGCCGAUAUCGAGUAAGGAGGAGGAAGAACGUGAGGGCGGGGCUUCUGAAGGCAACAAGAAGCGUCGGUUCGGUAUCGACGGGAUGCUUGACUAA